AUGCUGCACGACCGCGACAGCCAGCCAUUGACCCCAGCAGUUGAGCAAGCCCGGUUCGCUUCUGCUACAGAAGCCUCCUUUCCAACGCAUCCACCACCACCACCACCACCACCACCGCUAUCGACUUCCGCCCCCACCGAUACUGAUCCCGGCAUCGAGCUUGUCCCUCUCCGAUCGCACCGCGUCGACAAACAAGCGCACCGCCGCGCCGAGAAGCGCAGGUGGCUGCAGGCGCAGGACGAGAUGAAGUUCUCCCACAGCCUCCAGUUCAACGCUGUGCCGGACUGGAGCAGCCACUAUAUUGCCUACAGCAAUUUGAAGAAGCUCAUAUACCAGCUUGAAAAGACCGUCAACCAGGCUGCCAGCCACCAGGACCAUGGCGAUGCCGAGUCGCGUCCGCUCAUCAGCAACGAGCCAAACCCCGAGGCAGUCUUCUCGCGCGCCCUCGACGUCGAGCUCGAGAAAAUAUGCUCCUUCUAUGUGCUUAAGGAGCGCGAGCUGCUGGAUGAGGUCGACAUGGUGCUGCACGACGUCGGCGCUCUGAGCGAGGAAGAGGAGGUGCUAGAGUGUCGCAAGAACGGCAGCCCGGUGACAGUGCCGUCCGUCACCACCACCGCUGCUGCUUCAGCGGCCGGGCCUAGCAAUGCCGGCAGCACGAUCGCAGUCGACGACCGGUCCAGCACCCGCCACUCUAGCGACGACGGUGACAGUGACGACGAUCACCAGCCGCUACCACCGCUCAAGUCGAACCGCCGGCGGCUCAGCUGGGAUGGGCCGCGUCGACGACACCGCAGUCGGCCGACGACGGCCGUGACCAACCUGGCUGCGUCGACAGACCUCACCGCAUCGACCGAGUUCACACGGUCGCGGCGAUACAGCACCACGUUCGAGGACGCACCCGAGGAUGCGGUCAUGUUCUCGUCCAGCGUCAUGCUCAAGAAGCGCAUCGUGCACACUUACGUGCAGCUGUGCGAGCUCAAGUCGUAUGUGCAGCUCAACAAGACCGGCUUCCGCAAGGUGCUUAAGAAGUUCGACAAGAUUCUCGACACUAACCUGCGUCCGGCUUACAUGGCCGCCUCGGUCGAGCCGGCCUUUCCGUUCCGCUCCGAGACCUGGGAUGCGCUGCUGCAGAACAUCACCCGCAUGGAGGCUGCCUACACCGACGUCGUGACCGGAGGCGAUGCCGCCACAGCACGCCGCGACCUGCGCUCCCACCUGCGCGAGCACGUCGUCUGGGAGCGCAACACCGUGUGGCGCGACAUGAUCGGCAUCGAGCGGCGAGCCGAAGCAGCCAGCCUAGGCGGACUGGCUGGUCGUGGACUUGGUGGCGGUGGACUCGGUUUAAUGGCGGCUGGCAGUGCCGGUGGUGGCAGCGACGACGACGACGCCAAGAAUCCGCGACGGCCAGGCGCCCGUCUUCGUCAGGGCGAUGACAUGGAGCCGCAGGCCCUUCCGGUGCGACGUAUCCGGCUGCUCUCACACGUCGUCGUCGUGCCGGCAUGGCUCGUCAGCAGCUCCAUGUUGACGCUGGUGACCGUCGUGGCCGUCUUCUUUGGCGUGCUGUAUGCUCCCGGACUGCUGGACGGCCUGCCGGAGCAGCAGAACUGCCUGGCCAUGCUGGUGUUUGUCAGUCUGUUGUGGGCCACUGAGGCGAUUCCGCUGUUCGUCACAUCGUUGAUGGUGCCCUUUCUCUGCGUCGUGCUGCGGGUUGCCUGCGACGAUAGCGGCACCGACCAGCACCGCCCGCGCCGUAUGGGAUCCAAGGAGGCUGCCGGCUUCAUUUUUGCUGCCAUGUGGACGCCCGUCAUCAUGCUGCUGCUGGGCGGCUUCACGCUGGCGGCCGCCCUCAGCAAGUGCCGCAUCGAUAAGCGUCUGGCCACCUUUGUGCUCAGCAAGGCCGGCACCCAGCCGCGCACCGUGCUGCUGGCCAACAUGUUUGUGGCCGCCUUUGCCAGCAUGCUGAUCAGCAACGUGGCCGCGCCGGUGUUGUGCUUUGGCAUCAUUGAGCCCAUGCUGCGCAACCUCCCGUCCGAGUCCAACAUGUCCAAGGCGCUCAUCAUCGGCAUUGCCCUAGCCUCCAACAUUGGUGGCAUGCUGUCGCCCAUCGCUUCGCCACAAAACGUCGUGGCCAUCGGCAUCAUGACGCCCGAGCCGCCCUGGCUGCAAUGGUUCUUCAUCGCCAUCCCGGUCGGCGUCGUGUCCAUCCUGCUGAUCUGGCUGCUGCUGCUGGUCAGCUUCCGGCCUGGUCGCGGCACCACCAUCGUGGCCGUGCGUCCGGUGCGCGAGCGCUUCACGGCCGCCCAGUGGUUCGUCACCCUCGUCACCCUCGUCACCAUCGGCCUCUGGUGUGCCAGCCACAAUCUCGAGGACACCUUUGGCGACAUGGGCGUCGUGGCCAUCCUGCCCAUCGUCAUCUUCUUCGGCAUCGGCAUCCUGUCCAAGGAGGACUUCAACAACUUCCCCUGGACCAUCAUCAUCCUGGCUGCUGGCGGCCUGGCUCUGGGCAAGGCCGUCAAAGCCUCCGGCUUGCUCGACACCGUGGCUGCCGGCAUCACCGUGCACGUCCAGGGCAUGAGCCUCUACGGCGUCCUGGUCGUCUUCUCCACCCUGAUUCUCGUCAUCGCCACCUUUAUCAGCCACACCGUUGCCGCCCUGAUCCUUCUGCCGCUGGUGCACAACAUCGGCGCCGACAUGGCCGAGCCGCACCCGAACCUGCUGGUCAUGGCCGGCGUCUUGAUGUGCAGUGCCGCCAUGGGACUGCCGACGAGUGGUUUCCCCAACAUGACUGCUAUCAUGAAGGAGGACCCGGCCGGCCAGCGCUAUCUGCGCGUCAAGCACUUUAUCACGCGCGGUAUUCCCAGCAGUCUGAUAACGCUCGUGGUCGUGCUGACCAUUGGUUUUGUGGCGAUGCGGGUGACGGGAAUGUGA